CGUCGACACACAGACCUCAACCACAGCAGCACCGGCACCAAACAUGAAGUCAACCAACGCGUGGUCUCGGGCCACUUGGAUGCUCGUAUUGUUCGCUGUGCACGCACUGGCUCAGAUCAAUCUCCAGCCGGCCGCGGUAAUCUAUGCCGAUAUGGGAAACGACACUCACCCCCAAUUGAGAUUCGAGAUCUCUCUGUCGAUUUCGUAUUUUGCGAUCGGAACAGGCAGUCGCAUGUCUGGCGCCGAUAUGAUGGUCAUCUGGCACAAUAGCGAUGGCUCCAGUACAGUAUCCCACCGAACAGGCACCGGCCACACGCUGCCCUCGGUCGCCAACCCAUCGUCCUUCGCGAUCCAAAGCAACCAGGUGUCCAACCGAUCCGUGGCCGCCAACUCCUUUGUCGUUACGGUCGAAGCUCCGGUCAGCUGGGGCACGGUCACAAACUUCAUCUGGGCCUAUAACAGCUAUGCUCCCUCGCCAAACUCACCCAACCCAGCGGCAAGCUUUCAGCAGCACACUCAAUACGGGUAUUACAGCGGGCCGCUGACCUCCGCCUCCAACUCGUACUUUUCCAGCUCUUCCAGCAGUGGUAGUGGCAGUGGCAGUGGUAGUGGUAGCGGCAGUGGCGUUGUGUCGACAUCGACCUCGGACCAGAUCAAUCUGCUCUUGGUCCAUGGACUGCUCAUGGCCUUUGCCUGGCUGUUCGCAGCGCCGAUCGCGGUUUACAUUGCCCGUUUCUUGAAGAUCUUUGGAACUUGCCUGGUUUCGGCUGCCUCAUUCGGCCUGAUCGUGUACCAGGUCAACGAAGACGGCAUCCCACACUUCUCGUAUGGAUCUAUGGGCAUCCACGGCAUCCUCGGCUUGGUCAUUGUCGCCCUCUCGAUAGUGCAGUGGACUCUCGGCGUCUAUAUCGACCGCACAUUCAAUCCACAGCGCACAUCCGUGCCUGUUCGGGACAAGCUGCACUGGUACCUGGGCCGUCUGCUGAUGUUGGCGGCGGUGGUGAAUGUGGUGACGGGAUGCCUUCUGUACGGCGUGGAGACGGUGAUUUACAUUGCGCUGGGCAUCUACGUGGGACUAGUGGCCCUGGUCUUUCUUUUCAAGCAACCGGCAACGGACGAGGAGGCCCACCAUGUCACUCCCAGGUCGUAUGACUCGAUUUGA